AUGAGGGAUUCAGGGUCACAAAAUAGACAAAGUCAUGUCGAUCCCGAGGAGAGUCAGGAGAAUGAUGUUUCGCAGCCGCCGAAAAGGCCAAAAAGAGCAAAAUAUGCCUCGAAAGCCUGUACCCAGUGCAAAAGGCGGAAAAUCAAAUGCGAUGGUGAUGCGCCAUGCCAAUCUUGCAUAGCCAAGGGAAAGAAGUGCGAGCGAAUUGGAACCGACAUGCGCGGGAAAUGGAGGAAUACAGAUCGCACAAGUGGCUCGGGUGAUGAAUCUUCUUCACUACUAAAAGAAUUUGAGCCCCGGAUGAGUUCGAUGACAGAUCCGGAAUUUUAUCCUCACAAGACGUCAGAAGGUCAAAGUGAUCUCGACCGACCGGAAGCCCAACGCAACGUGAAAGACUCUAGAGAAGAGCGGACAUCCCGUUCUGAACCCUGCCCUCGCUCUACGCAAGUCCCGACAUUUUCUGGAGAAACAUCCAUUACACAUAAUUUGACAGUUGUUGAGAGUCGCCUUGAGCAGAUGGGUGUCCAGUAUGCCCGGCUUCAAUCUGCAUCACCCAAUCGCGAAUUUCGGUCUUGUCUGACACCUUCCCCCGAAAGCUCAGCCAAGCGCUAUACAGAGACACGAACGACCUUUCUCAAUCAGGUUCUGAAUGCUCAUGGAUUGGCUCCCGACCGAGAGCAAUGGGAUGGACUUCUGCGUACCUUUUGCGAUGAAGUGCACGUUCUUGUGCCAUUUCUUCAUUUACAAAACCUCUGGGAGCUGUAUGAGAGAAUGUGGGAAGCCCCAUUGGAGGCGCAGCCAGAAAGCAACGAUCGGCAACGAAACGGUGCUGUCCGUGUCCAGUACGCUCAUAUCUUACUAUGCCUUGCUAAUGGUAGGUGCGUUGAAUCCUCCCGUUUUGAAGGUGACGAGGGGCGAUAUUCUGCAGGCUGGAGCUUGUACAAUGCAGCCCGAGAUAUUUUUGGAGAUCUUCUCGAUGGAUUCACCCAGUGCGCCGAUCAAAUCUUCGUGCUUCAAACGGUUCUUCUGAUGGUUGUCUAUCUUUUCCGUAUCGACUCCCAUGGGUCUGCAGAAAAGGUUCUCGCGCUCUUGAUAUCGCAUUCUCAUCAUCUUGGUCUCCACAGAAACCGAGUGGUCGAGUCUAUGACACCUUUUGAGAGCGAGAUGUCUCGGCGCUUAUGGUGGUGUCAAUAUAUUAUGGAUAGAAGACUCGCCAUAGAGACUGGCCGCCCAUUUUUUAUUCAGGAUGUUAAUGUCGACGUGGGCCUUCCGCGCAACGUGGACGAUGAAUGGCUCACGAGGUCUCAAAGUACAUUAAGAAAACACCACUCAGAGCAAUCAACUAACGACCCCGAGAUGGUUCCCGUUCCCUACCUUAUUGCCAUGGCAAGUUACUCUAAGGUAGUGGGCAAAGUUUGGGAAGCUCUUUAUGGUGCCGCAACAUCGGAAUCCACCCCAAGCCCUCUUCUCAAUGAGUACUUGGAGCACCUCAUCACCCAAUCACAAAGAGGCAUUCACCCAGAGUUCACAUACGACCCUCGGAACCCUGGGAGAGUUCAAAGUGAUGGCGUGCCCUGGUGGAAGAUCAAACAGAAAUUUAUAAUGCGAAUCAGGUGGUCGUCCUUAUAUCUACUGAUUCGAAAACCGAUGCUUCAAAAGUCCUGGACGCCAAAUCAGCCAAUUCCGGAAGCUAUCGAAAACGAAGUUAUUUGCAUGCGUGUCGCCCAGAGUAUAUUUGACGACUUCAACGGCAUGCCAGAACAACAUCCAAAAUACACAUUUCCAUUCCUACACUACGUCACCAAUGCAACAAUCAUUGCCCUUGGGCUUAUCAUUAAGCAGCCUUCGUUCAAGCGAGCCUAUGGCCAACUUACUCUUCAAGCUACACGUUCGCUAUGGGACCAUUGUCGCAAAACCUGGGUUUCUGGAAAAAUGGCACGGACAGUUUGGAAACUGAAUCAGAUGGCCGAUGCAACUCUCAGCCAUCCUAGCGAGCGGUUGCAGGAGAGGGUUGGCGAACUUCGACAUAAUAGGGAUCAGUCUGUUCUGAACGGGGCAUCGCACUCGCCAUCGCCUAUUUUCACAGGCUCCGAAUCUUCACCUAUGUUGAGGUCCAACGGUGGGGAUCAAGGUCUAAAAAACAAUGCCAUAUAUAAAAGGAAGGGCCAUCGGAAUAUCCAAAGUGCCAAUGAGCCAUCAGCUGCGCGAACAAAUGAUUUCACUGGACUCGAUGAACCUUUCACCACUGGAUUUGAAAUUGGACAGCAAUGUCCCAUUCCGAACGCUAGCAUCGUGCGGGAUUCGGAGAGAGCACAACUGGUCGAGAACAAUCAACAUAAACAGGCUGAGCCAAUAUCUGAAAUACAUGCCGUAUCAGAAGCGAGUGCUCCCAAUACCCGAAGUCAAUUUGAAAUGACACGGCCACAUCCUUAUUCGUCUGAGACUGUCCAGACGGGGCAGGACGAAUUGGAUGUAGACAUGUCAUUUUCUGGUGAGAUGAUAGAUGGGGGGAUGGAAUGGUUGCAAUCGCUGUUUGUCAAUGGGCUAGAUACUCAACUUCCUCCAGUGUGGGACUGA